AUGGUGGGUUUAGAUGUCAGAUGUCAGAAUCAGGUUUGGAGAAGGGGAGUAGUUCAGCGGUAAAUCAUCUCCUUUGCUUGCAGAUGGGCCACUGGCUCUUCUUAUGUUCUUAGAAUAUUCUGUAUGAGGAGAGGAGAUAGCAAAGAAAGUUAAGUAUUUGUUAAUGCAACAGCGGCCACAAGAAUAGUUUAUGUGCAAAGAACUGGAAAGAAAAGGCUACCCCAACCAAGGAGCAGUGGUUGCAUAAAUUAAUAGAAUUUGUGGAGCUUUGUGAGCAUGAUGGCCAAAAUAAGAAACUGGGAUGAAAUUAAAACAAGAUGCGAGUGGGAUUGUCUUGGAGAAUGCUUAGAAAGAGAUGGCAUUAUGGUAAAUUUGCAAGUGGGGAUAAACCUGUGGUCAGCAGUAGACAAGAUAAGUGAAUUGAAGGGAUGAAAAAGGAUGGAAGAACCAAGGAGAUGUAGAGAACCAAAGAAAGGGAAAUAGGAUGUCGGUGAAGGAUAGGUUGGGAAGUCGAUAUAGGAGUAUGAGACGAAGAAGAAGAAGAAGAAGAAGAAGAAGAAGAAGAAGAAAAAGAGGAGUUUGGAUUUGAUAACCCACUUUAUCACUACCCUAAGGAUUCUCAAAGCGGCUAACAUUCUCCUUUCCCUUCCUCCCCCACAACCAACACACUGUGAGGUAAGUGAGGCUGAGAGACUUCAGAGAAGUGUGACUAGCCCAAGGUCACCCAACAGCUGCAUGUGGAGGAGCAGGGAAGCGAACCCGGUUCACCAGAUUAUGAGUCCACCACUCUUAACCACUCUUAAUCACACUGGCUCUUGUGUGUUAAAUGCAUGUAAACUGUAAACUGGAACAUGCAUGCAUGCAUGCAUGCAUGAAUGAAUGAAUAAAUAAAUAGGAAUAUGCUGUAUGGAACACAUAUCUCCAAUUUUGUGAGAACCUGAUUGGCUCUUGUUUAGUUUCCAGGCUGUUUUUGAUUUUUAUAACUCUUCAGCUGGAGUUGCAGAAGCUGCAGUCCUCAAGAUGUUGCUGGACUACAGCUCCUCAUCAUCCCUGACUACUGACUAUGCUAGCUGGGGCUAAUGGGAGAUCAACUCCAUCGGGGGUGGGGGCACAGGUUCCCUGUCUCUGACCUCAGUGGACUAGGGCCACAGUAGCUGAAAGGCCACCAACUCCCAUAUGAACGGGCCACUACCUUUCAUAUGGCCAUAUUUACUCUACUGAUCUUGAGAGGCUACAUUCUGUAUGCCUCCACCCUUUAUUACAAGAGGCAGGCCCUUCUUCAGGGUAGCACCUACUGUAGAUUAUGGAACUCCUUUGUGGAUGGCCCAUAGUUCAGUGGUUAAACAUCUGCCUUGCAUGCAGAAGGUCUCUGGUUCAAUCCCUGGCAUCUCCAGAUACGGCUAGGAAAGAACUCUGCCUUGCACUCUGGAGAGGUGCUGCCAGUAAGUGUGGACAACAUUGAACUAGAUGGAGCUUCCUAUAUUUCUGUCUUCUUGCAGGAGGCUCAGCUGGAUCCUUCACAACUGGGGUUUAACAGCAAGGUAAAACCUUGAUUUUCUGGAUACUAUAUGAUAAUGUACUUGCUGCUGUCAUGUAAUUGGCUGCAUUAUUGUUUUUAUUAUGCUUUUACAUGUGCAGUGGUACCUUGGGUUAAGAACUUAAUUCGUUCUGGAGGUCCAUUCUUAACCUGAAACUGUUCUUAACCUGAGGUACCACUUUAGCUAAUGGGGCCUCCUGCUGCCACAGCACCGCCACCAUGCAAUUUCUGUUCUCAUCUUGAAGCAAAGUUCUUAACCCAAGGUACUAUUUCUGGGUUAGCAGAGUCUGUAACCUGAAGUAUCUGUAAUCUGAAGCGUCUGUAACGCAAGGUACCACUGUAUUUGGUUGGGCCCUGUUGUUACUGAAUCUCUGUUUCUACUUACUACUACAGUGGUGCCUUGGUUUACGAACUUAAUUCUUUCUGGAGGUCCGUUCUUAACCUGAAACUGUUCUUAACCUGAGGUACCACUUUAGCUAAUGGGGCCUCCCACUGCUGCCGCGCCGCCAGCGUGCGAUUUCUGUUCUCAUCCUGAAGCAAAGUUCUUAACCCGAGAGACUAUUUCUGCAUUAGCGGGGUCUGUAACCUAAAGCGUCUGUAACCUGAAGCAUCUGUAACCCGAGGUACCACUGUAUUUUUUAUUUUGAUCUGCAGCAAUGAGCCAGUGAUCCUGCUUAGCUCUGUGCCUAUGAAAAACUUCACUCACUGAUUUUGGCAGAUCUGCAUGUUUAAAGGCAUUAGACUAGUGCCUGUUUUAUUUUAUUUUCUUUCUAGCCAGAUGAUAAUCCUAGAUCCAAACCCCUAGAUUUGCUAACCGUGAUUAUGGACAGCUCUCUCUUUCCAGAGAUGUUCUGCAAGCGGAAACACUGCUAAUGAAUUCUUAAGAGAUAUUUCUUAUGAAGCACAUUAUAACAUGCAGAUAAUCUGAAGAGAGUCUGUGCUUGCAUAAUAUAGAUUUAAUAGAUAUAACAAGACAAUUAAAACCUCAUUAGGCUUGACCUCGCUUGGCUAGAUGCACCAGGAAGUACCACUUUGUCUCUCUUUAAUAGGCAGCCUGGUUCAGGAACAAACACAUGAGUCAGGAAAGAGGAUUCCAGCAGGUUUUAAAUGCAGUCAAAAGUUGAAGGUCACACCCACACAAUACAUUUGAAGCAUCUUUGAAGCCCGUGGCUCCCCACAAAUAAUUUUCAGAACUGUAGCUUAUUAAGGGUGCUGUAAAUUAUAGCUCUGAGUUCCUGCGGCCCUAAUUUAAGACGGGUACCAGUUGAUCUGCGUCUCUGCUCAGUCUGCUGCCCAGGUACUAAAUGCUGAUGGGCAGUUUCAAGGCUCUUCCUGCUUUUCUCCUCUUAGUUUCCUUUAUCUAAUUGGACUUGGGACAAGACAACCCUUCAAGCAGAGGGAUGCCCUGCUGUUAUCUGUUAAAGUAGGACACAUGGACCGCCUGACACCACACACACACACACACACUCAUCACAUUUAUGCAUUAUGUCUUUCUUGCAGGUGACACUGCUGGAAUGUGUGGCACUUCAGUUGGGAAAUGUGUACGGGAGAGCUUUGGGGAGGCCGCCCUUGGCUUGGAAGCCAGGUCCAGUCAUGCUUCUCCAAGCCAAAUGCAUCCGGCAGCCAGAAUCCUUCUUCUCGCUGGCUCCUGUUCAUAAAAGGAAAAUUACUCCUCAGAUUUAUGAGUUACCUCCAGGUGUAAUUUAUCAACUGCUGCCUUGCCCUGGCCUAGACAACUGGGGAGAGGCCCAGUCUUUUGAUUAA